UAAAAAAGUACUUUAUUUACAAAAUGCAAAGCUUUGCACAACUAUAAUGUUGACCUUCAUGCCUCCAAACCUCCGAGUAGCUGAUUCGUUCACGUUUGUGAAUGGUGGACUCACAUUUUUUACAGUCCAGGUUCCUUAUUUUCAAUGCUGACAUCAUGCAGGAAAUGUAAAAGGCCGUUGUCCUUAUUUCGAAUGAACUCGACAAAAAAAAAAAAAAAACAGUGAAAAUGAGCAAAACUAAUAAAACAAACUUCAAACCGCGACUUAAUGAAACAAAGAGGAAGCAGCAUAUUUACACCAUGUCAUAUUUAUCCUUUUGUUUCCACUUUGAAGUCAAAAAUACUGGAGACAGUAAAAACGUAUGCAAAUACAGCUAAUGUGUGCUCUGUCGUUGGUGGGCUUGGAGUCAUGUGAAUGGUUGAUAUGAAUGGAAAAGAAAUAGAUUCAGUAGAGCUGGUUACAUUCUGUGAAAUAGUCUGCAGUUGUCGCCUAUGCGCCAUGUAGGCAGCAUUUUACACACACACACACACACACACACACACACACACACACACACACACACACACAUACACACACUUUUCCAGUCUCUCACACAAAGAGACAAAUAUCCUUUGGGCAUUUUACACAUGACAUAAAAAACACUUCACAGAACCUCAGUUGUUGAACACAUGAGAUCCAAAUCAAUGCGCAAUGUCUCUUAGUUUAUUCAAACGCUUCAGUUUGAGUGAACAGUAAAGUCCCGCGAUGCCCCUGUUGUCUUCAGCGUCUGUAAACCAAUUUCAAGUCCGUGUUGUAGGUGUCGCUGUUGACCACGUCUGCAUCCGCAGUGCGAGCGCGUGCAGGGAGAGGAGGCUGCGUCUCAAGGCCAUUUUCAAAUCUCAUUGGUGGGCUUGUCAUGUGGUCGGGAGGCAUCCUGACUUACACGGAGAUUGUUUUUCCUAGAUAUGUCAGCUUACAAAGGACAUCUCUCUUCUCUAAAGAACUUAACCCCCAAAAAUGUCCUUCCCCAGUAGCUCUCCUGCGGCAAACACAUUUCUAGUGGACUCUUUAAUAGGUGCCUGCAGGACGGACAGCUUUUACUCCAACAGCAACAUGUACGUGCCGUCCGCCUCAGAAAUGGGAACUUACGGAAUGCAAACCUGUGGACUCUUGCCGUCUUUCGGCAAAAGAGGGGAGGUCAACCACCAAAAUAUGGGCAUGAAUGUCCACUCGUACAUACCUCAAAUAGAUAACUGGACUGAUCCGAAUAGACCCUGCAGAAUAGAGCCGUCCAGUCAGAUGACAAACUGUUCAUUUUCACAGAGCAUAAAGGAAGAGAGUAACUGCUGCAUGUACUCCGAUAAGAGAUUGCAGAAAGUCAGCCUGACAGAAGUCCCCGCAUAUUCUGUUAUUCCCGAGUCCUGUCCCGUCGAUGGUCCCGAGAUCCCGGUCCCGGGCUAUUUCAGACUGAGCCAAACUUAUGCGAAUGGGAAGCAUCAGGAAAACUACUGCCAUGAGCCGCCGAGUCCAAACCCAACACUGAUGCAGCUGAGCCGGCUCACCCCGAAACCGCAGUCCUCCUCCUCGUCCUCUUCUAAUUUUGCAAAGGUGGAAAAGAAACGCGAGGACGUCCAGCAAGACCCCGAGACCUCAAGGACUCCGGUCCCCCCAGCAGAAAGCCCGGAACCUCCCAAGUCCAGCUCUGAGGAGAAGAACUGCUCCAUGGAAGCCUCUGUGUCCAGUCCUGAGCUGCAACAGAAGGAAGGCAAAGACUGCAGUGACACCCCGACGAGCAACUGGUUAACAGCAAAAAGUGGGAGAAAGAAAAGAUGCCCUUACACAAAGCACCAGACCUUGGAGUUAGAGAAGGAGUUUCUGUUCAAUAUGUAUCUGACCCGAGAGCGCCGCCUAGAGAUCAGCAGGAGCGUCAACCUGACCGACAGGCAGGUCAAGAUCUGGUUUCAGAACCGCAGGAUGAAACUGAAGAAAAUGAACAGGGAAAACCGCAUCCGUGAACUGACCUCAAACCUCACCUUUUCGUGAGCCCGCAUGUAUCAGUGGUUAGCUAUCUUUUAUUUUUAUGUCUCUCAUAUUCAGUUUGAUGCUUUGGUGGCAUUGGACGUUUAUCUUCAAUUUCAACGAAACUGUGACUAUAUAUAUAUAUAAAUAUAUGCCAUUUUUAGUACUUUGUGUGGAGUCGUGUGUUUGUGUUAUUUUAUCACAGGGUAACACUUUUUUUUUUUUUUUUUUGGUCUUAAAUUAUUGGAGUAGAUUUCUUCCUUCUGCCAGUAGACAUAGAUAUUCUAUUGUGUCGGGAUGGCGAGCUGUGUGGAAAGAUGUUUCUUUAUUUCAGUCAUGAAAGCACAUUUAUUGUCCUAUAGUGCAACAUUUGUUUUACAGUAAAAGUGCAAGCCAUUUGCUCAAUAAUGAAAUGUUUCUAUGGGCCAUUAAAGUGGCGGAAAACGAUGUUUAUCUGUGAAUUUACUGCAUGUUUGUGGCAUGUAUCUUGCAAUAAAUAGAUUGUCAAAUAA